AUGGAUUAUUUCAUUGGACACAAGGCGGACCGAAGCAGCGGCGCGUUGACCACGCUCUCGAGUUUGCUGGUGGCCUUUACAGUGAUGGGGAUCCGGAUUUGGGCUUCCUUGAGCAUCAGGAAGCAGGUGAUGCAGCAAAAACACAUGACCAAAACAACUCGCGACGUGUCACUGCUGGCGAAGCUCUCGCUCUUCUACUUGACGUGCUACUGCGUCAUUGCCAUCCUGGUGAAUUGGGAGCCCAGCUAUUGGUAUAUGGCUGGGAAUCUGGUCUCCGACAUUGCCACCCUGAUGACGUUCAACUGCAUCACGAUCCCGCUCUACAUCAUCUUCAGCUGCAGAGUACUCAUCAGGAGCUUCCUCCGUGAUCGUCGAUUGGAUCUGGCGAACCCUCCACCCAAGAUGACGCAGAACCAGUUCCAAACCUUCUUUGAGCUGCCUGAGAUGGACCAGACAAGGCCCUUUGCCAAGGUCCUCUUGACCUUCCUUAUGGGCUUCGUCUUUAUGCCCAUGUGGCCCUACGCCAUCCUGAUCGCAUCAGCAGCGUUGUUUUUUGAGUACUGGGCCUACAAGUACCAGCUGCUGCGCCAGUCCAAGCGACCCUAUCGCCAAAGCGUGGACGUGGCCCAUGCGGCGCUCCGGAUCGUAUACAUCGGCCUUGCGGGCUAUGCGCUGACACAGGCGAUCUUCCUCACUCCGUCCUUGUCCGAAGAUCAAGGCACCUGGUCAUCAACCCUAACGCUGCCAUUGCUGGUGAUGCCUUUGGUCUUGCUCUGCUUGUCCAUUCGCUUGCAGAGGCUCGUUUGUGGUGGCUGCGUUUUUGAAGAGAAGGGGCGGACUUCAACCUCUGUAGAUUACUACAGCGCCCAACGGACCUGGGCGAAGCACCAGAAGUACCACACCACAAACUUGGUCUACUUGCGUGGCUUCGAGAUGAUCGACGCAGCGGGUAAGAAGCUGAAGUACGACCCACGGACUGGGAACCUCCCAGACCCCGCCUCCCUGCGCACACCACCAGCGCCACCGGCGCCCAGCGAGGGAAGUCGACUGGGUAGCCUCACUGGCAAGGAGGAUUUGGAAUCAGGCGCUGGUGGCUCUCGCACAGUGGAGACCGGCCCCGAUGGUGAGGACUCGGAGGAGUUGGAGGAAGAGCCGGAGGAGACUGAGGCGAUCGCGGAGGAAGACCCCGCGGCACUGGCCAUGGAGGAGAUCAAACACAAGGUACCUUGGCACGAUGAAGGCGACGAUGAAGGUGACUCGGGCGACUCGGGUGACUCCGAAGAUAGCGAGGCAUCGGAGGAGGAACCAUUGGAGCCAUUAAUGCUGCGCAGCGGAGUGCUGGCGCGGAUCCACGGACUGCAGAAGGCUGGGGCAGAGCAGUUCAAUGGGCAGACUUGCACCGUGCUCCAGCCCUCUGGCGAGAAGUGGGUGGUGCUUUUACGUGAUGGUCGGAAGGCCGCCAUGGCUGUAGAGCACUUGCAACUGAAGGCCAAGAUCAUCCACCUACGCUCCAGCCAGGGCAAGGUCUACAACAGCACCAUUUGCACGCUCUUGCGCUUCGACCGCCGCGCGGAGAAGUGGCUGGUGGAGCUUUUUACGGGGGUUGAGGCCCACGUGCCGGCGGAGAACCUGGUGCCUCUGAGAGAGUAA